GUACAAGAGAGCGGGGCAGAGAAGGAGGAAGGUAUUCUCUCCCCGGGCUGGACGAGGUGAAUCACUUCUGCCGACUUCAGGUGUUAAAAUGUCCAAAACUGCCAAUGCAGAUGAGCUGGAGGAAAUCCGAGAGAGCUUCCGGAAAGUGGACAUUGACGACAAUGGCUACAUCACGGCCUGUGAGCUUGGCAACCUCUUCCGGGAGGUGGGGUGCCACGUGGCCGGCUACCAGCUCCGAGAGCUGCUUCAGAAACUUGACCAUGAUCAGGACAGCCAAAUCAGCUUUGAGGAGUUCACAGAGAUCUACAAAAAGUUGAAGGCUGAUCCUGUGGCUGAUGGAUUCAGAAAAGCUCUCAACAAGAAGGAGGGCAUUGUAGCCAUUGGUGGCACCAGUGAGAUCUCCAGCGAAGGAACCCAACACUCCAUCUCUGAGCAGGAGCGCUUUGCGUUUGCCAACUACAUCAAUUCUUCUUUGGAGGAUGAUCCAGACUGCCAACCCUUGCUGCCAAUAAAUCCCAACACUGAGGAGCUAUUUACCGCCAUGUCUGACGGCAUUUUAUUCUGUAAACUCAUCAACCUCUCCGUUCCUGACACUAUUGACGAGAGAACCAUCAACAAAAAGAAACUCACUCGGUUCACCAUCCAGGAGAAUCUGAACUUGGCUCUGAACUCGGCCUCAGCCAUCGGAUGCCAGGUCAUCAACAUCGGGGCCCAGGACCUGAAGGAGGGAAAACCUCAUCUCGUGCUUGGACUCCUGUGGCAGAUCAUCAAAAUAGGAUUGUUUGCUGACAUCGAGCUGAGCCGAAAUGAAGCUAUCGCCGCCCUGCUGGAGGAAGGAGAGAGUCUGGAGGAUUUGAUGAAACUAAGUCCUGAAGAGCUGCUGCUGCGCUGGGCCAAUUUCCACUUAAGGAAAGUUGGCAUGUCCAUAUCAAACUUCUCUGGAGACAUAAAGGACUCCAAAGCUUACUUCCACUUGCUGGAGCAGAUCGCCCCUGAUGGCAGCAAAGAAGAGAUGCCACGAGUCGACAUUGAUAUGACUGGUGUUUAUGAAAAAGAUCUCACCAAGAGGGCUGAGUUGAUGCUGAAGCAGGCUGACCGACUGGGCUGUCGACAGUUCGUAACAGCGGCCGACGUUGUGGGUGGAAACAGCAAACUCAAUUUGGCUUUUGUUGCAACACUCUUCAACAAGCAUCCGGCUCUCACCAAACCCGAAGACCAAGACUGGACCCUGACCACUGAGACAAGGGAGGAGAGGACGUUUAGGAACUGGAUGAACUCUCUUGGAGUGAGUCCUCAUGUUCACCACAUCUAUGGAGACUUGCAGGACGCCAUGGUGAUUCUCCAGCUCUACGAGAAAAUUAAAGUUCCUGUUGACUGGGAUUCUAGAGUAAACCAGCCUCCAUUCAAGGGUAUCGGUGGAGGACAUUUGAAAAAGAUGGAGAACUGUAAUUACGCCGUGGAGCUGGGGAAGAACAAAGCCGGCUUCUCUCUGGUGGGGAUCGGAGGACAGGACCUCUAUGAUGGAAAUGCCACUUUAACUCUGGCUGUGGUCUGGCAGCUGAUGAGGAGGUAUACACUGAAUGUUCUUGAAGACUUGGGCCAUGGAGAAGUUGCUGGCGAUGAUUUGAUCAUCUCUUGGGUGAACAAGACUUUAGCGGAAGCUGGAAAGAGUUCUUCAAUCAAAAGCUUUAAGGACAAGUCUAUCAGCACCAGUCUUCCGGUUCUGGAGCUAAUCGAUGCCAUUCAGUGUCAGAGUGUCAACUUUGACCUGGUCAAAACAGGCUCACUGGAGGACGAGGAAAAACUGGACAAUGCCAAGUAUGCCAUCUCAAUGGCCAGAAAGAUCGGCGCGAAGGUGUACGCCCUGCCAGAGGACAUCGUGGAGGUCAACCAAAAAAUGGUGAUGACCAUCUUCGCCUGCCUGAUGGGUCGAGGCAUGAAGAAAGCGUAACUCACGCUGAUGGUUCGACUGACUCGGGAGACGGAGCUGCGUGGUCGACAUUUCCUGGUUUGGGGCUUUCCGUUUAUGUCAGCACCUGCUCUCAGUGAUCAGAUCUGUGCUUCCAUGCUGCGGGAGACUCCAGGCUUCUGUUUCGAUGCUGCUGCUGCUUCUCUCCUCUCUCUUUAAUGCUGUAUUCCCCUCGCACCAGGACUCCCACCCCACAACAGAUAUAGAGUAAGGAAGCGACUGCUGAGGAAGUCUUCCACGUCUUCUGUCCUUCCUUGAAUGAAAGCAACAAGAUUACAACAAGAAUAUAUAAAGCCAUUUGCUUCAAUUUUGCCACUGGAAUAUUUAAAAAGAUGAUUUGAUGAAAACAUUUGAUUUUCUCAGGUAUAAACUAGUCUUAAUCUGACCUGUGGGGGGCAGUGUAAUUCAAGUGCCUGCAUUACAAUGUUGCUCCUUUGCCCGGCAAGCAUCUUUUUUCACUCGGUAAUGUGACCAAAGAGAACAACCAGGUCAUCACACUGGAAACAAAGUUGUGAAACUCUCCCAGAUGUAUUUAUUUGAAAUUUAUUGUGGCAAAUCAAGGUUUUUUGUUUAUUUUUCAACUAUGUUUUGUUUCUCUUUUUACAUUUACAUCGCUAUUUACAUUCAGGAAUCUUUAAAAGUGGCCUAAAGUGCACAUCAUGCACCGAUUUGUAUCAUUAAACAGCAAUAAAGAAUGAUUUCAGGUAAAAGAAAA